UCCGGCGGGGCUGAGGGCGCUUCCGGCGGCCGGGCGGGGCCCGGGCGGGGCGGGCCCGCCAUGCGCUACAACGAGCGGGAGCUGCUGUCCCUGGCCCGCCAGCCCGCCGAGAAAGCGGCCGAGAUCCGCAUGAGCGUCCCCAAGAAGGGCAGCGUGCUGAAGAAGCGCCUGGUGAAGCUCGUGGUGAAUUUUCUCUUCUACUUCCGCACCGAUGAGGCCGAGCCCAUUGGAGCUCUGCUGCUGGAGCACUGCAAGGUCACCAAAGAGGAGGAGAACGUCUUCUCCAUCAGUUUCAUCGAGGAGCCAGAGAGGAAAUACUGCUUCGAGUGUGCCACGGAGGAGCAGUGCCAGGAGUGGGUCGAGGCACUCAAGAGAGCCAGCUACGAGUUCCUGAGGAGGAGCCUGAUUUUCUACAGGAACGAGAUCCAGAAGAUGACAGGGAAGGACCCCCUGGAGCAGUAUGGAAUCUCAGAGGAAGCUCGUUUCCAGCUGGGAGCACACAGGCAGUAACCCUCACCUGGCUGCAGCUGGCUCCACCCCAGCAGCUCUCACUGUGACCACCUGACUUUUUUAUUUAUUACUCCAAUCGUUUUGUAUUUUUUUAAGGAAUUCAUCGCACAUUCCCAGUGCCCCAGCGGGGGGGCUGAGCUGCUCCCUGGGUGUGCAGAGGGAGCAGAGCCCCCAGGCCUGGGUGGGCAGAGGCAGGGGCUGACAGAGCUCCAGCACCUGCUCCACCCUUCUGCUCAGGAUCCUCCUGCAGCCCCCCAGGAGCCAGCCCAGGGCUCAUCCCUAGCUGCAAGAGGAUGUGACUGAUGCAUUUCUGGGCUCCAAAUUAACCCCCUCCUGCCCUCCAGGGAGGAGUGGGAGUUCCUCCAGCUCAGCCACGGCUCCAGCUGAUGGAGAGGAGCAUCUGCAGCCCUGUGCAGCCACAGCCUCUCGGGGUCUUCUUUUCCCUCCCCUGGGCAGGUGCUGCACUGCUGGGGGCUGGAUAAGCCCAUCCAGAAGGACAGAGCUGCAGAGCAGGAGGGAACAAAGGCAGGGAGAGCUCCCUGAGUGAUGCUGCCUGUCUGCAGAGCUCUGCAGUGAUCCAGCUUCCCAGGGAGGAGGCAGAUGGAGAAGCUGGCAAAGGCAGGAGCUGCUCCCUUUGGCUGGAGGAUGGAGCUGCAGGACAUGCACCAGCACAGCCAGGCAUUAACCCUUCAUUCCCUGAGCCACUGCUGCAGCUUCUCUCCCUUCUGUGUGUCCCCUUUGUCCAAAGGGACAGACCAAAAAACUGUGCCAAGGUCACAGUGAGCUGCCAGGGAACCAGGGCUGCCUGUCCUGGAGCCCCUGCAGGGAGGAGAUAAGGAUUAGGAACAACAUCCCCAUAGGAUCAGCUCUGGCUCUGGCUGCACCAAGGAAAACUGCCCAGACACGAGGGGUGGAGGACACUCCCCACACCCAGGGCUGCAGUACACCCAGAUUUUUGACUGCCAGAGCAGCUUCCCUGGAGCCAGCCUGGGAAAACUCCCAGGAAGGGCCUCUGGGAAGGUCCCAGGAGUCACUGUCAGGGGCUGGGGCUUGGCCUGGCCUUUGGGAGCUGCAGCUCUGGGCGUUGUUCCCCUCCAGCUGCCCAGCCCAGGGAGGGGGUGGAGCAGCCUCUGAGCUGAAUUUGAAGGGAAUUUUGGUGUCUUUUCCUCCUUGGCUGGGAAUUAAUGCCCAAAGCAGAGCCCACACUGCAGCUUUUGGUAUCCUGGUGUUCCCUCUUUACCUCAUGCAGCUGAGUACCAGGAGUGACACCUUCACUGAUGCUUUAUUUUGAUCUCAAAGCUGAGAUUUUUCCCUUUUCCCUCCCCAGAUGCUCCCUUUCCCUUGAAUCAUUCCAGGUGCUCCAGAAAUGACCAAAAUGAGCUGAAGGGCAGCUGCCCUGGGGGUUCAGCUGAGGGCACAGGGAGGGAGCAGAAUCCAGGGGGGGUUGCAGACAGAUGGCAGCUCCAGGGGAAGCAGCAGCGAGGGAUUAAGAGCAGGAACACCCAGGAGCUGUGCUUUAGGGAAUCAGUAUCCUUGGAUGACUCCAAAGGGCAUUUUAAUCCUGCCCAGCCUGCAUUUUUACAAAGCAGGGCUGAGUUCUCAGCUGGGCCUGCCACCACUGUAGCAAAUGUGUCACCUGUGCCUUGCAGGACUCGGGGGCCUCCUCCCUGGACCCUUUCCCCAGGUGGAGCUGCCACCCUCAGUGUCACUGUGCAGAAGAUGGGGGUUUGAUUUGCUGUUCCAGGGAACAGUUGGGUGAGCAAGAGCAAAGCCCAACACUGAUGUGAAUGUUCAUCACCAAUGACAUUUCUGAACUGAAUGUACAACAAAAGCUGUGAAGAGUUGCUGGGGCCAGGCCAGGCCCAGGGACUCAGAUCCAUUGUAGGGCAGGGCUGGGACAGGGGUGGGAGAGGGAGGGAGGGAGGGAGGGAGGAUGGUACUCUUUGUAGAACUCUGAAAUCUGCAUCACCUGCUGCUGAUUUACAGACAGUUGCUCAUUUUUCACGUUCUGAUGACUUUGCUUGUUGUGUUUCAGCUAUUUCUGUGUUGUACAGUGAACAUUCCCAAUAAAUCCUGUUUUAAUCUU